AUGAUUUCCUCUAGCUGUUGGGUACCUAGAGGUUAUGCAUCAGAAUUCCCUGAGAAAUAUGAACUUGACGAUGCUGAAAUGGAAAGAAUCUCUCAGAUGGCCAACUUAGAAUUAAAUGAUGCUGAAGAAGAACUAAAUGUCGCUGAAAAAAAGCAGACUGAGGAUAAUAAAAUAAAGGCACAAAUAGAAAUAGAUGAUGAUUUAAAGGAAUAUGACCUCGAGAACUAUGACGAAGAUGACAAAGCUGAAGGUGUAGCUGUAUCUAUGUUUCCUGGAUUGUCUUCCACUGACGCUAAAUACCAUCAAGAAGGAGAGGAAAGUGAUCCAUACUUGAGCUUACCGACAGAAACGGAUGUACAAGAAGAAAAGCAAGAAUCUCAGAUUUAUCCUUCUGAUAAUCUCGUAUUAGCAACAAGAACUGAAGACGACAUAUCCUAUCUAGACGUGUAUGUUUAUGAUGAUGGUGCGGGUGCUCCUAAAGGUUCGAACGAUGAUGAUAUUGACGACGAUAUUGCCAAAGGGUACGUUCGUGAUUCAAAUCUCUAUAUCCAUCAUGACAUUAUGCUUCCAGCUUUCCCAUUAUGUGUUGAGUGGAUCAACUUUCGCCCUGGUUCGGAAGGUGAUGCCAAUAAUAUUGGUAAUUUCGCUGCAGUAGGUACAUUUGAUCCACAAAUUGAGAUCUGGAAUUUAGAUUAUGUAGAUAAAGCUUUUCCAGAUUUGAUAUUGGGAGAACCCCAGGGAAAUCCGCUUGGAUCGCUGUCAAAAAGUAAGAAGAAGAAAAAGAAGCUGCAACAUGUUACUAGUCAUCACACCGAUGCAGUCUUAUCGAUAGCUCACAAUAAGCUACAAAGAUCGAUUUUAGCUUCUACAUCAGCAGACAAGACUUUGAAACUUUGGGAUCUAAACAAUGGGAUUGCUGUGAGAUCUUUAAAAUCUAUCCACGAGAGCAAAGUGGUAUCAUCUUCACAAUGGCAUCUGGAGGAGGAGUCUCUUAUUCUUACAGGUGGUUAUGACGGCUAUAGUGCAUUGACUGAUGUAAGAAUUGCCGAUGAGCUCGCAAUGUCUAAAAAGUAUAAAGUAUCACCUGGAGAAGAGGUCGAAAACGUUAGAUGGGGAUCUUCGUCUGAAAUGUUUUAUGCUGGAACUGAUAAUGGAAAUGUUUAUUGCUUUGAUGUGAGAAACGAAGAGAGACCAUUAUGGACAUUACACGCUCAUGAUUCUGGAAUAUCAUCGCUUGACAUCAAUUUAAAUAUUCCUGGUUUAGUCGUUACCUCUGCUAUGAAUGACAAAGUUGUGAAAUUAUGGAAAUGUCCCGACCAAUCGCAAGCUGGAGGUCCUUCUAUGGUUUUGUCGCGUGAUCUUGGUGUUGGAAAUGUUUUGUCGUCAUCUUUUGCAGGUGAUAUUGAGGUUGCUGGAAAUCUUGUAGUUGGAGGUGCUAGCGGAACUUUAAAGAUGUUGGAUGUUCUUUCCAAUAAAUCGAUCAGAAAUACCUUCAGACAACUGAUUAAGUCUUUGCAGCUCAGAGCAAGAGAAGUUGCAAAGGAGCUGGGUAAAGUUUCUAGAAUAGCCAGAAAAUAUUUGAACGAUGAGGAGUCUGAGAUUUUAAUGAGCGUAGAAGCAGGUGAUUAUGACGAUGAAUCGGAUGCUGAUGGAGAUGAUCUCAAUAAUGAUAUGGAAGAAGAUGAUUAG